AUGGAGAAAGUUCAUACAUCACUUCUCUUGCUUCUUAUCCUUCUCAUUGCUUCUUUCAUUCUCACAACCUCAACCAAUCCCCAAACACCAAAUUUCAAGAAUCAAAAUGCAAAAAGUGUCAAAAAAGGCAAGGUUCAUGUUCAUGCAAAAGGUGAAAAAGAUCAAGCAAGGAUUCCAUAUCCUUACGCUUUUGCCGAUGGUUUUCAGGAGAUGGAAGAAGGUGAGAAAGAUGAUGAGAAGAUGGUUCAUGGUCUAAAUGGGGCUCUCGAUUACAGCGGGCCCCCACAAGGUUACUUUGGGUACCCCUUUCCAGGUGGCAUUUUCGGGUUCCCUCGUGGCCUUUUUGGGUUUCCACUAGGUUUCAGAGGGGGGUUGUUUCCAGGUGGUGGUUAUGGUGGAUUUCCAGGAGGUUAUGGUGGUUAUCCUUAUCCAGGUGGUUAUGAUGGAAAUCCAGGCGGUUAUGGCGGUGGAGGGCCAGGUAACAAACCUGGUGGUGAUGGUGGUGCUGGCGGUCGUGGAGGUGGUGGAGGAUACCCUGGUUAUGGAGGUCAAGCUGAGGAGGUGAAGAAGGGCAAAAGAGUCAAUCCACAUGAUUGA